AUGAAAGCAAAUUAAAGGUUCAGUAGAUAACUUCCUUUAAACUACAUUAUAAUUUUAGUCUUAGUGCUCUCAGUUUCAUACUUUGUUAUUAGUAAAGAGAUAACUUAAUAUGCAGGGAAGUGUUCUCUCUGCAUUAUUAAUAAAUACUAAUACUGUGAUAAAAAAUGCCAUACAGGCAACGAUACCUGCACGAACUCUUACCUUGACACAUGUAAAGACACACAAUCAAAUUCAACUCUUUGCAAUAAGUUGCAUAUUAUAACCUCUAACGACUAAGGAUAUAAGAGAAUUCUCGAACUUGUACUAGGACCUGGUCAAUGGUGCUAGUUUAUGCUUACAGACGACAUCUAUAAUGCAUUACUGAAGUAUACCAUCGCUAAUUGGAGUGUGAAUGCUAAUAACACAGCAACUGUUACUUUUAAUGAAACAAAUCAAACAAGAAGACUCACUACAGAUUAAACAACCAAUAUACUUAUAACAGACUAUUAGGACCCUUUAACACCUACCACAAAUAUGCUCCUAAAUUUCUCUCACACAAUAUUAGUCUAUAACCCAGAAGUUGACAUUGCUUCAAGAAGAUUAUUUUCUCUGACAUACUCCAGCUCAAUUAUAAAUCAACUCUCUUGGGUUUUGAGUGCAGUCUUUGUACAAUACGUAGUCUAUGCCCUGAUCUAUAUAAUUGAUGGCUUCAGAUACGAGGCUUACUACGGUGAAGAUUCAAAGAGUGGAGCUUCUGCUGCAUAAAAUAAAGCCAAAGAUAAUAAAAAAGCAGAUGUAAAGAAGAACUAGGAUGCAGCAGCUGAAAACCAAAGUCCAGCAGAUGUCAAUGAAGUAGAGCUAGAACAAUAAGAUUAACCAAAUGAAAAUGUUGAUGGUAUGGUAGGCUAAAAGAAAGAUGCAAAACCAGCAGCUGGUAUAAAUGACUCAUAGUUAAAUAAUGAUGAGGAUAGUGAAUUUGAGAGCGCUCAUUUAUUCGUUAUUGUAACUAAGAACUUCCAAAAAAUGUCUAUUUGGUUCUUCUUGCUAAGUGGACUUUGCGCUUUUAGAGCUGCCAUUCCACUGACAGUUGCUAUGGCUUGGCUUUAAGUUCUAUGUAGAAUCGUGCAAUUAAUUGGAACUAUGCUUAAAAAGAGACUUGUUGCUAAGAUUGGUUAUUUAUCCGCUACUCUAUUUAUGAUAAUAAUGUUCUUGGGUGUUAUGGCAGAUGAGUCUCAAGUAUUAAAGUGA